GAAGAAGAUAAAGAAAGGAAACCACACCACACAAAAUGUAUAAGACGAGAGAAAGAAGAAUCAUUUUGAAGUUAAUUUAACUGGUUUUCCAAUGGCGGCAGCAAAGGCAGGUCUACUUCCGUGGCUUAUCCCAUCAUCCUCUUCUUCUUCUCUGUUUCCAGUUGUUAAGUUGCCCGGGUUAUGGAGUGUGAGAGGGAGGAAAGCAGAGAAGGAUGUAUCUGUCUCUGUCGCCUUCAAUCCUUCUGGCAAUUUCGAUAUCUCUUCCUUCGACUCUCACGACGAUUCAGAUAAAGUGGAACCUCCAAUGCCUCCAACGACCGGCCGAUACGAAGUAGUCAUAGACAACCACUCAAUUCAGCAGCUUGACUUAUCUCCUUUUCAGACCGCCACCGGCAUAACCUCACCUUCCUCAACUGAUCCAAGAGGGUAUCUGGAUCGGACCAUCGGAUUCACGAUCAAUUACAGGAGAGAAGACCCAGGGGAUCCCCGUGAGCUUUCCGAGUAUCCGGACAUAAGGCUGUGGUUCGUGAGGCUCGAUGCCAUGUACCCUUGGCUUCCUCUUCUGCUUGACUGGAGAGCCGGAGAGCUUGCUCGUUACGCCGCCAUGCUUGUCCCUCACCAGAUGAGCUUGAGAAUGGGUGUUGUUUUCAAUCCCGAGGCGUUGGAGCUUUUCGUCAUGAGCAAAGUGUUUGUGGUCUAUCCAUGGCUCAAACGUCACGGUGUCCCCAAGCCCAGGCUCAAGACCUCCGACAUGGCCAGGAUGCUCGGCUUCGGUAUCGGCGACCAGCUCUUUGACUUGAUCGACGAAUACGAUCAUCAAACAACCACCGAUUCUGUCUAAUGUACUUCAUCUCUCAAGGGAAAAAAAAUAUUGUAAGAACCAUUGGAUGGAUUCGUACAAUACAGCAGAGGUUCAAAUUUUAAAUAACAAUUCUGUAAAAAAAAAAAUUGAGAGUAAAAUUCUACUACCUAGACGUUAACUUGAGGAUCAAGAAACGUCUUGGUGCAGCGAGUCUCAAAAAGUUGUUCAAACAUUAUGUGCGAUUGCAACAAGAUCGUUUAGCGGACUCUUUUCUGUGCUCACCAUCUACCUCCUCAAGAGCAUUGGUGAAUUCCACUCACCGUC